AUGUGGGUCAUUUACUUAUAUGUUUAUAAUGGGAAUCUACGCACUGGGUAUGCUGAUCGUCGCAGGGAUACCGAUAAGUUCGAAUCUUCGCGAUGGAGGGAUUCUCCAAGACGAAUCGAUCGCCUUAGGGAAAAUCCUGCUGAAUCGGCAAAAGCUCGAGAGGAGGCUAAGCGCAGGGAACCCCGUGGCGCAAAAUUUACCGAGAAAGUGACUGUAGAGCGAAGCAUUCGGUGCUCUCCACCCGAAUUAGCUCAGUACUCUGUCGACACGCGAAGGUAUCUCGAGGACCAAAUCUUGGAAGAGGAGCCUGAAGACAUUCAGUCCAUGUAUCGACCUGGUGAAAGCGUCAGCUAUUACCCGGAGAGGCUUCGACAACGUGGGAAUGCGGGAGAUUUGAAUGAUUCUGAUGUGGAGGACGAACGAACCGGUCGAAAAUAUGGUAAUAUGAAUGCCGAAGAACGUCGUAGACAAAGAAGGGUCCGUCGGACAGACCGCUGUCAGGAUUAUUAA